CCUGAACCCCCUGACUCUGCCCUGGCCACACCUGAAUUUGUACCCCAGAUCCCUGAUCUGUGCUGAGCCCUCCACUUCCAUUCCUCCAGCCCCUAAAGUCAGCGCCCCCACUUAUGGUGCGGCUGGGUGCUCGCACUCGGAGGGGAUCUGCCUCAGACCCGGGGCCACCCUCACUAUCUGGUGGUGUUGGGCAUGUUACCACCUUUAGAGCCUCCACCUGCCCUAGCCUGUCCCCUGUGCCUGCCCUUCCCAGGGACACUCGGCCUCCUGGAAGCAUGGAGCCCCAGAGGCCACUUUCCUCGGACAGCCUGCCCCCUGGUCCCUGUGACAGCAGGACUGGGUGCUUCGUGGGGCCGCAGAGGACAGUGGGGCAGCUGCAGGGAUGGCUGCACUCUGGGCAUCAGCAUCCCUGCAGCUGGAGGAGGGGCUGGGUAUUCCUGAAUGCUCCCUCAGAUUGGCCCGGGCGCUAAGACCACCAGCCUGGGACUGUCUGGCUUGGUGAUGGGGGAUGUGGGCAGGUGCUGGGGGACGUGGGCAGGUGAUGGGGGACAGGUGAUGGGGGACGUGGGCAGGUGAUCAGCGUCCCUGCAGCUGGAGGGGGGCUGGGUAUUCCUGAAUGCCCCCUCAGAUUGGCCCGGGCGCUAAGACCACCAGCACAUCCAGAGACCUGGUGGGAGUGGCCCUUCUCCUCCCACAGAAGAACCCACGGGCAGUGCGUCAGGCGGAGGAGGCGCGGGGCCUGGAGCAGCUGCACAUGGACAUGGCCGUGAACUUCAGCCAGGGGGCUCUGCUGAGUCCCCACCUGCACAAUGUGUGUGCGGAGGCCACGGACGCCAUCUACACCCGCCAGGAGGACGUCCGGUUCUGGCUGGAGCAAGGGGUGGACAGUUCCAUGUUCAAGGCUCUGCCCACGGACACAGAGCAGGCGCUGCCUCGCUGCGGGCAGGCGGGGGACCGGGGGGCGCCCUGUGUUUGCCGCUACGGCCUGAGCCUGGCCUGGUACCCCUGCAUGCUCAAGUACUGCCACAGCCGGGACCGCCCAGCGCCCUACAAGUGCGGCAUCCGCAGCUGCCAGAAGAGCUACAGCUUCACCUUCCUCGUGCCUCGGCGGCAGCUAUGCCCCUGGGAGGAGGACUCCUAGCUGGGGAGUGAGGGGAGGACUCACCAGGCCUCCCCAAUCCCCAGGAGACCUUACUCCCCCCCUCCCCUCCCCUCAUCCCAGAGCCUGUGGUCCGUCACUCAUGACUGUGAAGAGGGGUGUGGUGUGCGGGGCAAUCAUGAAGGCAGCCCCACGCCCACCCUGUGUCUGACCGAGAAGGGGCUUCGCACACGGCACCUCUCCUUCAGCCGCCCGAUUUCAAGACGCCAAAAUGCCAUGGCCUAUGAUUCCCCUGUUGAACUCUGCAGGUUUAGACCCUAAAAAGUGCCUUUUCCUGUGCCCCUUCCCCACAUCAGCCACCUGUGCCUUUCCCCAGAUGCCCUGGCCACCGGGCAGGCGGGCACCUCCUCUCUGAGCAGAAUCGUGUCUUUGGGGUUCUGGGAUGGGGAGCAUGAAGCAUGAGGAAAACUUGAAUUCCAGAUUUUUAGUGCAAAGUAUUUAUCAUUUCUACCAGAAAUUAAACGUUUCCAUUUCUACUUGA